AUGAAGAGACAUGAGGCUGUAAUAAGUCUUCGCAAGCCUCAGGCUACUAGCUUGGCUCGGGCUACUUCGUUUAAUAGAGCCAAUGUAAAUACGUUCUUUGAUAAAUAUUCAGAAGUCAUUGAAAAACACAACUUUCCUCCAGAAAGGUUAUAUAAUGUAGACGAAAGUGGUAUAACUACAGUACAUAAUCCGGUCAAAGUAGUAGCAGGCAAAGGGGUAAAACAGGUAGGAUCAGUCACUUCUGGGGAGCGAGGCCUUAACACCACAAUUAUAUGUGCAGUAAAUGCCAUUGGAAACGCCGUUCCUCCCAUGAUGAUCUUCCCUAGGGUACACUAUAAAGAUCAUGUGAUCAAGGGAGCUCCUACUGGAACAAUGGGAGCAGCUCACAAGACAGGUUGGUCAACUUCAGAAAAGUUCCUUGAGUAUUUGAAUCAUUUUAUUUAUCAUGUAAAACCCUCACCAGAAGAAAAAGUCCUUCUACUCCUUGACAACCAUGAAACACACGUCACAAUUGAAGCAAUUGAUGUCUGUAAAUCUAAUGGCAUAGUGCUAUUGACAUUUCCACCUCACACUAGCCAUAAGCUACAGCCCCUUGACAGGGGGGUGUAUGGGCCAUUGAAAAAAUACUACAAUACCGCUUGCACAGAGUGGCUGAACAUGCACCAUGGCACUCCAAUUUCUAUCUAUGAUUUGGCUGAGAUAUUUGGGAAAUCAUACCCUAAGGCGUUCACGCAUACAAACAUACAAGCAGGGUUCAGAGUUUCCGGCAUCUGGCCUAUAAACCGAAAUAUAUUCACGGAUGACGAGUUUUUAAGCUCAAGUGUUUCAGAUAGGCCUUUGCCAGUGCAAGCACAACUUGAAGCUGAUGACCCAGGCCUAAUGGGACCAACGACUAGGCCUACUCUUGACACAACCAGCUCAGACUUGCUUGAAAACCGACCAUCAACAUCUGGCACCAAUAUUUCAAAUGAAGCUCAGCCUACAAAAAGCGUAAAGCUUACCCCAGAACAGGUGCGGCCUUACCCUAAAGCACCACCAAGGAAGAUGACUGGCAAGCGAGGAGGGCGUAAGCCUGGGAGGUGCCGGAUUUUAACCGACACUCCAGAAAAACUUUAA